CGGAUCCACGCGUGCAUCGUCUCUCGCCUUGGCAGACCCAGUCCAAGGCCCGAAUGACCACUACACCCACCCUCGCCUCGAGGUCCACCAUGCUUUGUAUCGCUCUGGUGAAUGUGUACAACAAGACUUAAGGCGACUCCUUCCGACGACAACGACGACUGAGCAAUCCAAAAGAGGGGGUAAAACAGGAGCUGUGAUUUCUUCAUGGUGGUCUUCCUGCAGAUAUUUCUUCUCCUCCAUUCAUUCCUAUUUCAUCAUCAUCAUCAUCACAACUUGGUGACGCCAUACCGAUCCAUUGGGAAAUUGGAACCCUCUGCUCAACCUUCACUGCGACCUUCCAUACUUACUCUCUCGCAAUACACAAUUAUUCAACGAAUCGAGGACACUUCCCUUGCCCCUCUCCCAUCCUUGACUGUCUCUCCACCUUCACCCGCACUCAAAACCCUACCUCGUAAGAGGUCCAUCCCCAUCAUCUCCUUCAUGGGCUUUGGUUCCAAGGGGACUGGCACGCCAGUGGCCGAGGACGGACUGUACAUACAGUGUCGGAGACAAUCGCCUCGUCAACGACAGUCGAGUCUGCCGAAUCAGAACAGCCAUAUCGCAACCAAGGCCUUCGAUAUCAAUCGUCCCUCUUCAAUCCAUGCCCUAGCUCACUCUUACGCUGCGGAUGCUCCUCAGAACCAGAACGACUCCACUGCUCAAACGACAUAUACUCCUUCUCCUUGCCCUCAACAUAACACCACCGCUCGUCGUGCAACACACACUCCUUGCCCUCAACACGUCCUCCCUGCUCCUCAAACCCCUAACACGGCUUAUCCAUCCGACACCAAGUUUGAAAUCGAACACGAUGAUGGCCCGCAUGUCACCGUAGCCGGGACACAGCGAUUGGCGCGUCUCACGCAACCUCAGUCCGAGGCGUUCAGGCGAGGUUACUCAGAUUUCGGCGGUCUGCCUACCGGUCCUCCGGCAUGGGCGGCGGGAUGGCAAGACGAGGUGCAGUGUUGAGAUAUGAGGAGUAUUACGGCCGUUUCUACACAACAUACUGCUGUGUGGCUGCCAGACAGAGCAGGAUGGGAGCGAGGCUAGACAGACACGAGAAGCGGGAUUGCAAUAGAUACACGGGCUUCCUUGGAGGUACAGUGAGGGAGACCACCUAUUGUGGACAAAUGAGGGAACGAGAAGACUUCUACGACGGUAAACGAAUAUGACACAAUGG